UUACGUAAGUGUACUACUGGCUCUCCUAGUUUCGUUUUCCCGUCUAGUUUCGUUUCUCUGUAAACACGCCGCUCUAUUUGAAUGUUUCCCUGUAAACACCGUGCUUUAUUUUAAGAAGGCUGACUGUCUAUAUAAUGCCUAACGUAGUAGGGUGCACGAUGCUAUCUAGGGCAAUGUUUCGCUGUGGACAGAUGUGUUCUCGUGUAUUUGCGGUGGAGUUUGAUUUGCGCACCGAACCUCUUUACUUUACAUUAAGCGCGAAACCACAUAUCCUACAUCAUGAUUAUCAGCGUUUUUUCGGUGAUGGGAAAAUAUUCUCGCUCUACAUCGACAGCGAUAACAGAAUCCAGAAAGCGCAAACUCAUGCAGAAAUAAAAACCAAACUGUCUAAAAAAAUUGCACGAGAUUGCGACGUCUUGGAGACGUGUUCUUUCAUUCCGGAUGUCAAAAACAGCGUCGUUAAGGGAUUUUGUAUACGGGACAAAUCCACCCCAGGCAUUUCAGAGGAGAUAUUAAAGACGUUUCGUCAGAAUGAAUCUGUAUGUGUGUUUUCAUACAAACGCGACGGUCAGUACUGCUGGCAGGAGUUGUGGUCACCUGUCAAUCAAACGGAGAAGGCGGAGAGACAGUACGUCACACCCGCAUCAACACCACUAUAUCACCCAUCCACACUCGACAUUAGGAGCUCCGAUGUCUUCUACUCUAGGGAUGAAGCCUACAUGGUUCUUCAGGAGUGUAGCGACAUUGUCCCCGAGUCAAAGGCUGUGCUGCAGCUUGUGGAUGAACAAGUGGAGUCAUGCGGAGGUGUUGGUUUUCCUGUCAUUGUGAUUGAGGGACUGGAUGCUUCAGGUAAAACUACUCUCACAGAAGCCCUACGGGAGUCUCUGAAUGCCACUCUGCUGAAAUCUCCUCCCCAGUGCCUGGCUCCUUUCAGACAGCGCUUUGACUCAGAACCACCCGUCAUCCGCAGGGCCUUUUAUGCUCUUGGGAAUUACAUCACUGCGGCUCAGAUGGGAAAAGAAUCUUUGAAAGCCCCCGUCAUAGUGGACAGGUAUUGGCACAGCACAGCAGCGUAUGCUAUAGCCACAGCUGUCAGCGGGAGGUUGGAAAAUCUCCCCAGACCAGACUCGGAGCUCUACCAGUGGCCAGAAGACCUGCUCCGACCAAACCUGGUGCUGCUGCUUAAUGUCAAUCCAGAAGAAAGAAUGAGAAGAUUGAGGGACAGGGGACAGGACAAGACCAUUGAGGAGAAUGAGCUGGAGGUCAAUCAACUCUUUCGACUGAAAGUGGAGGAAGCUUACAAGAGAAUCCAGAAUCCUUCCUGCCUCAGCGUGGACGCAAGCCCCUCUCCACAAGAAGUGCUACAACAAGUGCUGCGGUUAAUUAGGAACAAAUGUCACUUGUAAAUACUCAGCUCUUUAACAGAUCAGACUACAAGCAAUGCAAUCUCUCUGAAACCACUAGAUGGUAGUGUAGUGUCACGAUUUCAUCCUCUCUCAAUCCUCUCUUUCAUCGGUCCCACUGUAAGUCUCAGUCAGCUGAGCCUGUUGAUUGAAAGAGAGGCUGAUGGCAAGCAGCCAGCAUAUAUUUUAGGCCUCGUAUCUGGACGUCACAACAUAUUCCCUGUCCCACAGAGCUUUAGUGAUGACACGAGAGGGAAAGAUAUUGCGGGUGCUGUAGCUCGAUGUCAGCACUCAUACGCCGGGUCAAAGCGUCCACUUUCCUCACUCUGAAUUAUUCCCACUGAAACACAGGAACUCAACUAAAGAGGUUUGAGAAUUCAUCAAUCACCUCAAUUAGAUUUAAACACAAGAACUCAUUGUUGGUCAGCUCUGUGUUCACCCCUGUAGAAGAUGGAAGCAGGGGACUUUAUGAGGAUAUUAAAAGCAAUAGAUCUGAUCCAGGCAAUUUUAAGUUUGUUUGAUUUGUGGUUGUUUCUUUUGGAUGCUGACUCUGAUCAUUCAUUAAGAGUGACAAAGAAAUACCAAAAGGACAAUAUACCUUUAUAUUCAGUUUAGGGGCCCUAAUACCCGAUUCUGUCUAUUAUACUGUCUGAAAUGAUGCAAUUUUAUUAUUUUGUUUACAAAUACAAUCUCGGUUUUUGUUUUGACACUUUGAUUUACUUUCUAGUGGUGUUUAAUCAUCUGUCUCCCUACAAGGAGUUUAUUUAAUACAAUCUUUUUAAUAUUAAAAGAAAAUCGUUAAAUCUGAAAACUGAGUUCAGUUAAAUUUCAUUGCUUCAAACUCAAUUUCACUUACAUUUCAGUGUGUUCCUUUCACAAAGUUAUGGUGUUGCCUUACAAAACUUGAGGAACGUUGUUUUCUUUUGUGGAGUUUGACCGCUUGUGUUCACUGUGAACUCUUAUUGUAUUUUAAUACGGCUAAAGAUUUUUCUUCUUUUGGGCACCAUGACAAUUCCAGCAUCAUGGAUGUGACAUUUUCAGUCAAAACUUGAAAAAUAAAUUCCAGUCCAGACAUCAGAAAAAUAUCAGUCUAUGUUUGCUAUUUUACAGUAAAUAAGGGGAAAAUUGAUGUGUUAAGUAUGUGACAAAAAAGGAGAGCUG